CGAUUGCUGGGCCAGCCUGUUGUUGUUUUUGCUCGGGGCGUUGAAACCAAUUUCCCCGCUGUAUUUUGCGUUAAACAAUAGCAAAGCAAAGCAAUCGCGCGGUGCUGCAAUAAUUUACAUCAUUUGCAUUUACAUAACGCACUCGGCGGGCCCACGAAAAGAUGUAAAAACAACGAAAAACGCGUGCGAAAACGUAUGGCGAAAAAUCGGGGAGCACCUGAAAAGGGGAAAAAACUUCGAAUUGGCAACAACACACACAGCGUACAAAAUCCAUAGAUGGCAUAAACAGAGGCCACUGCAUUCAAUUUGUUCCUAUUUAAGUGCUUAUUAAUUAAUUAAUUCACUUACUCGCCUAUUUGAGCUGCAAUCAAGUACCCACCGAUACCGAUCGAACUUUUGGCGGCGACGAGAACAAAGCUUUCCGGGGUCUUGGCCAUGUCAUGUGGCGAGAAUUGCGACAGCUGCCACCACCGACGACGUCGUUAAUCCAACCCGGCGCCUGCAUUAGUCAUAGGAGGAAUGAGGAUGACAGCCGGCCCCAGGGAACGGCGCCAGCAGAACGAACCAGAGACCGAGCCAGAGCCAAAAGCCAACCCAGCGGCGGAAGCCAAGCAGCCCCAAGGCAAACAGUUAGCUAAUUAAUACAACAGCCAGCGAAGGAAUCCAGGGGAGCGGGAAAGAUGUUCAAGAUUAGGCAGCGGAACUGUAUGCUGAUAGUGACGGCCCUGGUGCUGGCGCCCUGCAUCGUGAUCCUGAUGGUGAUGGGACCCGAGUUAUCCACCGAACAGUCGCUGACCCAGCGCCUGGCCGAAUGCCAUAUGCGGCUGCAAUACUUGGAGUCCAUGUACCGUGCUCGCCAGGAGGAUGUGGCGCUGCUUUCCCAGUACCUUGGUCAGUUGCAGAGUGUCAAUGGAACGGGGGCGAGUGCUCCUCCACCUCCGCCACCUCUGCCGGUAGCCAAUCUGCUAGACGGACUGAGUCCCGAGGCCAGGCAGCUACUGAGAAAUGCCUCGCACUUCAGUAAAGGUGGCGGUGCUAAUGGUUCGAUGGCCAGGAGUCAGAAUAUAAGACUCCCGAAUGCCUAUCACUUUCUGCCGCAUCUCCUGGACGAUGCGGGUUCCCUGCGACCGGCUUACUUGCAAAGCAAGGGACGUUCGGAUGUCAGCAUUGUUCUGGGUGUGCCCACCGUGAGGAGGGAGAAGCAAUCCUAUCUCCUCGGAACCCUCCACAAUCUCAUCGAGAACAUGAACGACGAGGAGCAGAACGAAACGCUUAUCAUUGUCUAUAUUGGAGAAACAGAUCUAGACUCAGUGCAACUGAUUGCCCGGCAAAUCGAGACCAGUUUUGAGCAGUACGUGGAAAGUGGACUGAUUGAUAUAAUAGCACCGGCUCCUAGUUACUAUCCCAAUUUCGAGCGUCUCCGCAUCACCCUUAACGAUCCUUUGGAGCGCGUUAAAUGGCGCAGUAAGCAGAAUCUGGACUUUGCCUACCUGAUGGCAUAUGCGCAUUCGAAGGGAACCUUCUACGUUCAACUGGAAGAUGAUAUACUGACCAAGCGGCAGUUUAUAACCACCAUGAAGAAAUUCGCCUUGAUCAAGAGCGCCCUGACCAAACCCGAUCAGCCGGCCUGGUUUGUGUUGGACUUCUGUCAGCUUGGCUUUAUUGGAAAGAUGUUCAAGAGUGCGGAGCUACCAUACCUGAUCACCUAUUUCCAAAUGUUUUACAACGACAAGCCCGUGGACUGGUUGCUCACCUAUUUUAUCGAGUCCAAGGUGUGUCGAACGGACAAAGAUCAAAAGCAUUGCAAUGCGGAAAAGGCAAAGUACUGGCAGCACUUUCGAAAGUCCCUAUUCCAACAUAUUGGCACGAGUUCAUCGUUGAGGGGAAAGGUGCAAAAGCUAAAAGAUAAGCAGUUUGGCAGCAAGGUGCCGCAGUACUAUGCCCAUACACACAAUCCACCGGCUCUGGUUAAGUCCAACAUUGCUCCCUACAAGAACUACCUAUUGAAGCGAGCAUAUAGAGGUGAAUCCUACUUCUGGGGCCUGCUGCCACAGCCCGGGGAUUUGGUGCAGAUUGUAUUCGAGCGACCCACGCAGCUGAGACACUAUCUGUUCCGGAGUGGAAACUCGGAGCAUCCUUCGGAUAGGUUCUACAACACCACGGUGGAGCUGCUGCCGGCCGAUACGCUGAGCGAGAAUUCCUCGGUGUGGAGCAACUACAACACCACCACGGAUGGCUAUCUGGUAGUGGGUUCAUUUGAUAGUUUAGGCGUGGCCGAGGGUUUGUUGGAUGCUAAGAUUGGUGCUAUCAAGGAGUUGCGCCUCCACGUGCACAGCGAUAGCGAGAAUUGGGCCCUGCUCAGCGAGAUCGAACUACAGGAGUGGGGCAGCGAUCCGAAAUCGGAGGCGAAUGCAGCGAAGCCACGGUUUGUGGCGGGCAGCUGAUUGCUACAUCGCCACAGGCAGCGACAGGACUGGGAGGAAUAAGAGCAGAAAUCCGGAAAAUCCCCUCCAGUUAAUGUCCAAUUUAAUCCCCAUCCACAAUUUGUCUAUAUCUGUUGGGAUUGUGUCGAUUUCGUUGAGAAAAAGUCUUGAGAGCAAAUUAGUAUUUUAAAGUAGUUGCGUGAAAAGUUGUUUAGAAUAUUCAAUAGAAUUUUUCUAUCGAUGCUGUAACAAUAGGUUCGCUCUCUAGACUUUUUCAUGUUUUUUGCAUUGAAACAAAUCGACCCCUCCUAAUAUCUGUACAUCUAUGUGUAUAUUUUUCGAAUGAUGCUUUUACCCUCAAUUAUCUCGAUGUGUAAAUAAUCCCCCAGUACGUAACUCUCUCGCUCUCCUAACUAUAAGUGGUUAUACCCAACUUUAAGACUUUGGUAUGAGUGCAGACCAAUAAUAUUGUCAUUUAUCCCCAGAACCAAUUUGUUAGGGUUUCUUUAACUUAAGCGUUAUAAAACUCGGCAAUAUCAUUGGCCUGCAGUCUGCUGUAAUUCUUACCGAAUCCCAAGCUAUCAGUGUAUUUUUUCAUAUGGAUUUGAUAUAUGUACUCCAAGUGCCCCUUCCAUUUUUUCAUGGUGGUAAAAUCUAUUGAUAAAUAUUGUGUGGAUCAAGUUGUGGGCUAUGUAACUGAAGCGAUUCCCCCGUAUUUCUUUGUUACUCGAAUAGUAUCAUUUGGUUUACUUUGCUUUAGCUUUAAGUGUUAACCUCAUUUUAUCGGCAGCUGAAAAAAACAUUCCAAUUUAUUUUGUUUUCAUUCGCUGAACUUUCACGUGAUCAUGAAUCUCGAACUCGCUGAAAUCUUAUCGAUCAAAUAUGCAAAAUAAGAUACAAUAGAACAUUGUUAUACACCUAAGUUUAAUUACUGUAUUAAUUGGUUUGAAGUAUUCCUCUACUCUAAUAAUUUAUCUUAAUUUUAUGCAAUCAUCCAGCAUGCUUGAAUCAGUUAUAUAAAGCCACCUCCUUGAACAUGAAGCCAUAACCACAUAAAUAUAAAACGCAUUAACAUAAACAUUGAAGCAUAAAAUAACGAAACGAUUUUUAGCAUUGUUGCUUUUUUACUGUGAUUUGUUAAUAAUUUUUGCAUAACAAUGAAGGAAAUAAAAACCUAAAUUAUAUAUACACGUAAAUAUAAACUAAACAUCGCUGAUUAGCUAUUCUAGAACAAAAUUCCAAAUGAAAAAAAAAACAUACAAAGAAAACCUUUUUUAUAUACAUACAACAAAAUUUAUAAUUGGUUUAACUAAUUGGAAACGCCAAAUUUUUUGAUAGACUAUGACAAAACUGUAAGCGAAUAAACAAGAAUGAGAUGAUUG